UAAUUACAUUCAACAUGGAAGAUCAGGAAGUCAAGAAUGAUAUCAACAAUGUGAAAUUUUCUCAUCUACUUUCYCCAACAGCCGUUCAAAAUCACGUGCGRCAAUGGCUGCAAGAAGACAUACCGGCAUUUGACUUCGGAGGYUUUGUWGUAGGAGAAACUCAAGAAACUGCUGUACUUCUAUGCAAAUCAACAGGUGUCCUUGCAGGAGUACCGUUUUKYAAUGCAGUUUUURAAGAGCUWGGUUGCACAGUGAAAUGGAAUUAUCCCGAGGGGGUACCCCUAGAGGCUGUUUCWACCGUUGGCCUUGUUAAGGGUCCAGUGAAUAAAAUUUUACAAGGAGAAAGACUAGCUUUAAAUUGCUUGAGUCGCGCAAGUGGUAUAGCAACCAAGGCUCGAAGUCUUGUCARCUUGAAGAAGAAAUGCCAAUGGGAGGGUGAAAUUGCUGCAACACGCAAGAACACCCCUGGAUUUCGAUUGGUCGAAAAGUAUGCUGUAUUAGUGGGAGGGGCUUCUACUCACCGAUAUGAUCUUUCAUCCAUGAUUAUGCUUAAAGACAACCAUAUAUGGUCAAUAGGGGACAUAUCUAAGGCCGUAAAGAAUGCAAGGAGAGUUGGUGGAUUUUCAAUAAAGAUUGAAGUUGAAUGUCGUUCUCUUAAUGAAGCCAGGAGUGCAGCAAAUGCUGGGUCAGAUAUAGUUAUGCUUGACAAUUUCUCCCCUGAAAUACUACAUAAAACAGCCAAAACAUUAAAGGAAGAAUUUCCAAGUMUUUUGAUUGAAGCCAGUGGUGGCAUUACAGAGGACAAUAUAGAGAACUAUUUUGGUCCAUUUAUUGACAUCAUAUCAUUGGGAUCUAUAACUCAACAAUAUACAAUUGUUAACUUCUCUCUGAAAAUAUUAAAAGAUGGUUGUGACCCAUGUAAUCCCUUGGUGACUGCAUGAAUAUAAAAYGGUCUGCGAAAAAAAUCYAUUUAAAAUAGAUAGAUAUUGUAUGAUGAUUGUCAAUGCUGGUCAAACUUCAUUUGCCUGUCUUCAACUGACAUUUUGAGAACUUCAACAGAUUGGAAGGAAUUUGCUUUCUGUAUACWUGAGAGAAGACUAUUAUUUACAGAAUUGACUUGUCAAGACCUAUAGACUCCACAURGAGUUGUUCAUUUACAAAAGGACCUAUAUGUGUUACUUGAGGAGAUGAGGACUACUGAACUUUGUAUUUUCAUAUGACAACAAUCUUCAGGUAUGCUUUAUAGAAAGAACAGUAUUAACUAAUGCAAAAGUCAUAUAGCUUUUCUCUAAUGAUUGUUAAAUUCAAUUSUCAUUGUAACUGAUCAUUGUUACUGAAAUGACCACUAACAGUCUAAUAAUUUGGUAGCGUGAUUAGGUUCACCCCAGGCAACUUUUUUUUUCCUCCUUUGGGCUUCCUUUGUAAUGUUCAUCUUGGCCACUAGGGACUAGUGACAAGAAAAGAAUGAUUUUCCCUCUUUUGACUCCAAACAAAACAGGAAGCCCAUGAUUCUUAAUGAUUUCUGUGGAGGAGGCUAGAUUAGGUACAUGUAGAUCAUUUAGGUUGCAAAAUUCAAAACAGUGACACUCCAGUGAAUUCUGGGAUAAUGCAUUCAUAGAUAAUGUGUUCAUAGGUUAAGCCUGGGUUCCUGAGGAUGCAGUUGUCACASUUAUCGCAACCACAUUAUAAUUCUUAUACUAACUGUACUAAAAUUCAAACUAACCAAGACGGUCAUAAUGAUUAAUCAUUUAUUAAGAAAAAGGCACAUAUUGGUUUAUAUCCUGAUUUCAAGGGCUUGGUACUUUAUUCAAUGUSGAGAAAAAGCAACAAAUAUUGUUUAAGAAAGCAACAUGUUUAGAUAAAGAUUUUGAAAUCGGCCAUUA